CUUAUUUUUCCACGUUCGUUUUUUUUGUGAAUAAAUUAUAUUUUAUAAUGUUUUAACUUAACUUCUUUUGAUCAAUGCUAGUCAUGCCGCCCCUGUAGGUCUCCCGGAAAUUUUAGGGGUCAUUCUAAUAGUUAGUCCUUAUUUUUUUGGUAAGGAAUGACCAUGGUAGGGAGGGCAGUUCACCUCAAUAACACCUGAGGGUCGCAGUUCACCUCAUUAACACCUGAGGGUCGCAAUUUUCGUUUUAUGUUUGUUUUCCCUCUUACUAUCCUGUGUGUGUAUUACCGCAACUUUUCCGCUUGUCUGCACGCAUCUUUUUUUUAAAGAAAUAUAUAUGUAUAGGCAAACCAUAGGCGAGAAGCAAGAUCACCACCCCACUUGCCGACGAGCCAGAGCCGGAAAAAUUUCGCGUGCGCUCUCACCUAUGCCCACCAUCUAGCCUGGAUUAUAUACGUAACCCGUUACAGUUAUGAAUUAUAAUAAACAAUAAUAUUAUUUAAAAUGGCGCCCAACGUGUGGGGCAUACUUUAUCUAGACCUUUAUAAUAACUUUCUCUAGAACUCACAUUCAGAUAAAGAAGCCCAUAAUCUCAUAGAGGCUCACACACACACAAUGUUCUUUUCUUUAUUUUCAUUUUCAAUUUUCCUAAAUUAUAACAGUAACAUUGGGUUGGAGACACUUUGUAGUUCAGCUACCUAUCUUCUGUCUUUUCAACCACGGUUGGUGUUGCCGCUAAAAUUUAUUCUUCCUAUGAGUUAUUUGAUCCCUCAUUUAGACGCAUAGGAUACGCAGGUAUUUAAAUUUCCAGUAGUUGAAUACCUGACCACGGCUGAAAGUAGGAGAAAGUAAUUCAGAAAGCUUUUCUAUUUGAACAAAUUUCCUUUGAGUUUUAAUUUUGCUAUUCAAGACGCAUAGGAUAUGCAGAUGACUUUGUUAUUAGUAACGAAUCAACUGACCACGGCUGAAAGGCGAAAGAAAAGACUCAAAACAAAUCUAUAGGUAAACUUUAUUUGUAGUUUAAAUGCAUAGGAUUUUGCAGUGUGAUUUUCUUUUAUAAGAAUUCCUCUGACCACAUUUAAAUUAUUUAAUAAAUCAAAAACCAAAUCUUUUCCUUUAAAAAAAAAAAAAAAAAUAUUUCAAUAUGUAAGUUGCUUUGGAUGACAAAUUGAGUUGAUAAAUGUUAUCACCAUUUGGCCACAGCUUACUCAUGUUGUUGUUGUUGCGCGAAAAAUAAGAAAGAAAAAAAACGGACAGGUCUACCGCAAUUGAUUCUAUUGGAUCAGCUGUGGACGAUUGUAAUGACUUGUCGCCGCCAGCAUCAAACGUAAUAUUUUACUUUUUCUUUUCGACGCAAACGUAAACAAAUCUGCUAAUUUGCUGAUAAGGGAUUCAUGCAGGGAGCAUUGACUAAGCAAAAGAUCAAUUUAUGUUUAUGCUUUUUGUUCUUCUUGAUAUUUAUUUGUUGAUUUACAAGUACCGCAAUAGUUUUUAUUGUUUACACGUUUUACUUUAGGUCUUAGCAUAAUUAUUAUUUGUUUAGAAUUACACUCAUUUCGCUCAGGUUGUGUUUGCAGUUUCGUUCGCAUACAGAGAGCAGUUGAAGAGAUUAGCGAAUAGCGGCUCCAAGGGUUAUUGACCUUGCCCUUGAAAUUGCUUAGAUCAGCUGUUUUGUAUUUCUGUUAUUUUUUUUUGCUCUUAAUAAGUUCUGUUGUUUAUCAUGGGUGUCGAUCAUUCGGAUGAGGAGGCAGGCACAAAUGCCCAAUCUACAACACAGUGUCAUAUAUGUAAAAAGAGCAUAGCAGCAACGACUGGCUACACGACUACUUGUGGCCAUGAAUUUCAUAAAAAGUGCAUUAUGGCUCAUGCACGCACAUCAAAUACUUGCCCAUUCUGUGUAGCUGUUUGUUUCAAAAGCCAACCAGACACAAUAGCGCAGAAUACCAGGCAACAAGUCAGAUUACACGAAACGUAUGCAACUCAAGACGACAUACCGGGUACUAGUAGAUCAGCAGAACAACGGAAUAGCACGAAUUCCCAAGAAAAUUCUAUCGUUCCUAUAGUGGCUCAGGCAGUUCGAGCCAUGCAAAAUGACCUUUUUAGCCAAUUGUCAGCUCAAAUAGCUCAGUCGAUACGGACCAACAUAGCAGAACAGAUGAGUUCUUUAGUGGCUCAGACCCAAAACCAGGCUCAAAAUACUCGUAGAAAUAAUAAUGAGCAAGAGGCGCAACGCAGUCAGCGCGAGUCAAUGUCUGUGGUAUUUCCUACUGGAACACCAACUUCGCACAGCGAUUUAACGUAUCGUCCAGAUAAAGUUGGUCAUAUUCUGAAUAGUUGGAAGUUACGCUUCAAUGGAAAUCCGGAGGGCAUUAGUGUCGAUAAUUUUAUAUAUAGAGCUGAGGCAAUGACACACCAAACUCUAGAGGGAAAUUUUGCACUUCUUUGUUCUAAUGCCAGUUUGCUUUUUGAAGGAAAGGCACGAGAAUUUUAUUGGCGGUUCCAUCGAACUACUCCUUUGGCAAGGUGGGACUUACUUUGUAACGCACUUCGAAAACAAUAUCGAGAUUCGCGUACAGAUGUAGACAUUCGAGAGGCUAUCAGGGAUCGAAAGCAGCGGGAAAAAGAAAAUUUCGAUUCAUUUUAUGACGCAAUAGUUCAGCUAAUGGAUAGUUUAGAAAGUCCUAUGCCUGAAGAGAUUGUUGUCGAAACACUACGUCGAAACUUAAGGCCCGAAAUAAGGCACGAAUUAUUAAACAUUCAAAUAAAUUCGGUUAGCCGCCUGCGUGAAAUUUGUCGCCGUCGCGAAGCGUUUUUAAAAGACGUAAAGCGAGAUUAUAGCUAUCAAAAAACAGUUCCUUUUAGAAAGCAAGUUUCUGAGCUGGUAGAGGAUAGUGAAACUGAGGAUGCCGCAGAAUUUUCUGACAUGGAGAGCGAAGGCGAAAUUGGCGCAAUGGCUCUAGUUUGUUGGAAUUGUCGUAAAGAGGGGCAUCGAUAUCAAGAUUGUGAAGCUAAGCGUAGAGUUUUUUGUUAUGGUUGUGGUGCUAAGAAUACAUAUAAACCAACUUGCACCAAAUGCUCAAAAAACUCGAGGUCGAACGCACCGGCUCGGCAGCACCCGUGUGUUCAGAGCAGCAAAUUAACGAAUGCCGAAUAAUUACCGAUGAAAACACAAGUACAGCUAGUUCUACGUUGUCACUUUUGCAUUGGCCGCAAAAGUACAAAAACUUUGUAGAUAUAUUUAAUUUUAAAAACUUAGGUAGAAGAAAAUCAGUUUCUAGAAAUGCAAAACGCAUGCGCGCGUAUUGGCAAUCUGCAAAAACAAUAAAUGCCAUUCGCUAUAAAAAUAAUGAUAAGCGCCCGUAUGCUGAAGUUCGUAUGCUGGAUAGAAUUGUGCUUGGAUUAAUGGACACUGGCGCAGCUAUUAGUUGUGUAGGUGGUCGAUUGGCAGAACAAUUAAUACGAAGUAGAUUCAAUUUCAAAAGAAUUAUAAGUUCAGCUUGUACCGCAGAUGGAAAAAAACAAGAAAUUGUAGGUCGUUUUAAAACUGCAAUAAAAUACAAAAACGAGACGAAAGAUAUAGAGUUGCAUAUUAUUCCUUCCUUAAGUCAGGAUCUGUACCUUGGAAUCGAUUUUUGGACAACGUUCAAUCUUUUGCCACCGGACAGAGAAAUUUCCGAACUGUCAUCAGAUUCUCACAACUUAUUGGGUUUACAAAAGGAAAGCCUUCAGGCAGUAAUUGACAAAUUUCCUUCAUUUGUAGUUUCUGGUCUUGGCAAGACUUCGCUCAUAUCGCACAUAAUUGACGUUGGUGAUGCAAAACCAAUUAAACAGCGUCAUUUUCCUAUUUCUCCGGCUCAAGAAAAACUUCUAUAUGCUGAGAUUGAUCGCAUGCUUGAGCAAGGAGUUAUAGAAGAGUCAGACAGUGCUUGGUCUUCGCCAGUUGUGUUGGUACAAAAGCCAGGAAAAUUUCGUAUUUGUUUGGAUAGCAGAAAAGUCAAUGCUGUAUCGCGAAAAGACGCGUAUCCGCUUCCACAAAUUGAUGGCAUUUUAAGCCGUUUGCCAAAAGCAAUGUUUAUAUCAAGUCUAGAUUUGAAAGAUGCCUACUGGCAAAUUCCGUUAGAUGUUUCGUCGCGAGAUAAAACAGCAUUUACGAUACCGGGUAGGCCGCUUUACCAGUAUAAAGUCAUGCCAUUUGGUUUGACCAAUGCUGCCGCAACAAUGACUCGUCUAAUGGAUAAAGUUAUUCCACCAUCGCUCAGAAAUGAGGUAUUUGUUUAUUUGGACGACUUGUUAAUUGUGUCGAAUAGUUUUGAGUCGCACUUAAAGGUUUUGACUCAAGUUGCUGAGCGAAUCAAAUCUGCUGGUUUAACACUAAACGUAGAAAAGAGCAAAUUUUGCAUGCGCUCGGUUAAAUAUUUAGGACAUAUUAUAGGUGAAGGUGUCAUUCGUACAGACCCAGAAAAAAUUUCAGCAAUGACAGAUUUUCCAAUUCCUCGUACACUCAAAGCUCUAAGGAGUUUCUUGGGAAUGGUUGGAUGGUACCGCAAGUUUAUUAGCAAUUUUGCCGCAAUAUCUGCUCCACUUACAGAUCUGUUAAAGCCCAGACAGAAAUUCAUUAUGACUCCAGAGGGUGAACAAGCAUUUGUAAAAUUAAAGCAGUUGCUUUGCUUAGCACCAGUGCUACGCAGUCCCGAUUUCAGCAAGCCCUUUUUUAUACACUGUGACGCUAGCAAAACUGGAGUCGGAGGUGUCUUGGUUCAAAAGACUGAAGAUGGAGAUGAAUAUCCCAUAGCUUUUGUUUCGAAAAAACUUAACAAGGCUCAAAAAAAUUAUACUGUAACUGAGCAAGAAUGUUUAGCAGCUUUAGUAUGCAUUAAGCGUUUUCGUGCUUAUGUUGAAGGUCACGAAUUCACGGUGAUAACCGAUCAUGCGUCCUUAAAGUGGCUCAUGUCACAACAAGACUUACAUUCUCGUCUUGCUCGAUGGGCACUAAAACUUCAAGGUUUUAGAUUUAAAAUUGAACAUCGAAGCGGUAGAUUGAAUAUUGUUCCAGAUGCUUUGUCUAGGGUGCACGAUGACGAAAUAGCUGCGAUAGAGGCCAGUAAUGGUUUGUUAGUCGACUUGGAAUCUAAAUUUUUUAAGUCCGAUGACUAUACUGAGCUCAUGGAACGCGUUAAGGCAAAUGCAGACAAAUUACCCGAUGUUAAAGUGGUUGAAAAUUUUGUGUACCGUAGAUCAGACCAUGCAACGGGAGACCAGUUGCAUGAUUCUUUUGGUUGGAAGUUAUGGAUUCCUAAGGAAUUAGUUUCAGAGGUUUUGAAAAACGCACAUGACCACCCGUUAGCUUCUCACGGUGGAGUGCAUAAAACUUUGGAAAGGAUACGAAGGUAUUAUUAUUGGCCAGGCUUAGUGAACGAUGUGAAAUGUUACAUAAAUUCUUGCGAAACAUGUAAAACGACUAAAGCGCCAAAUACAGUUCAGCGUCCGCCAAUUGGAAAGUCCCCAGAAUCACAGAGAUUCUUUCAAAGGUUGUAUAUUGAUUUCUUAGGCCCGUACCCGCGUUCUCGUAGUGGAAAUAUUGGUAUUUUUAUUGUUAUGGACCACUACACCAAGUUUGUUUUUCUUAAAUCAGUGAAAAAACUGACUGCAGAUGUUGUCGUGAAAUAUAUGCAACAGGAGCUUUUCCACACAUUUGGAGUUCCAGAGACAGUUGUUUCAGACAAUGGUUCGCAAUUUAAGGCUGAAGCUUUUCAAAAGUUGCUUCGGGACAAUCAAGUUGUUCAUACAUUGACAGCUGUAUAUUCGCCACAGGCUAAUGCGUCCGAGCGUGUAAAUCGCUCAAUUAUUGCUGCUAUUCGUUCUUAUAUAAGGCCAGAUCAAAAAGACUGGGACGAGCAUUUGAGCAGUAUAAGUUGUGCUUUAAGGUCAGCAGUUCAUUCCGGAAUUGGUGCUACUCCAUAUUAUAUGGUGUUCGGUCAACAAUUUUUAAAUUCGGGUUCAACCUACAAAUUGUUGAGACACUUAAAAUUGCUAGAAGAUAAAGCAGCUGUUUAUAGCAAGGAAGAUUCUCUCGAACUUAUACGAAGCAAAGCAUGCGAGGUAAUGCGAAAACAAAAUGAGAAAAAUGAGCGCAAUUACAAUUUACGCUCAAGAGCAGUUUCGUAUAGGGUAGGUCAGGAAAUUUACCGGAGAAAUUUUCGACAGAGUAAUUUUCAAGCUGGCUAUAACUCAAAAUUGGGACCUGCCUAUAUCAAAGCCCGUGUUCGACGUAAAAUUGGCAAUUGCUAUUACGAGCUGGAGGAUCUCCAGGGUCGAUUUGUUGGCAAAUAUCACGCAAAAGACUUAAAGCAAUAGCUGCUUCAAGCUUAGGUGUGAUCAGCCUUGAUGUUUUUUUUAAAAAAACCACCAAGUCUGAUUUUGGUGGGGGGCAUUUGUAACGCUUGCAGCAGCAACUGUUUUGUUAAAUCAGUUUAAUAGGCGAAUAUCGUAAUUUUUCUUAGCGCCACCUCUUGGUCGUAUGAUGGAAAGGCGCAAGCAGGUCAAUAGGGUAACUCCUUGCUUAACAGGUGCAAGUGUCACUUUCGCCGAAAAUGGCUACUUUCACCUCGCUGACCUACCGCCUCUGUAAAAAGGUUCCCGCCUGGUCCAAGGCGUCAGAUGCUUUCUUUUUCUGGUGAUACUUGGCCGAGAUCAGACGUGUGCAAAUUGCAGUUCAAAGUUUUUUUUAUAUCCGAGUCGAAGAAAAAUUUUAAAGUCGCCAAAAAGAGCGUAUCCAGAUUGGUUUUAUAAAAAUAAAAAAAAAUAAAAAAAAAUAAAACAAAGGCCCACACAAAGGCCAGUGAUAAUAUUGAGCUAUUUUCGCCGGAUGCCAGCCCUUGAUCGUAUUGGAGGGUUUCUGAAACCGAAGAGCAGUCCAUUGCAUUGGCAUUUGCAAUAAACGGCAGCCGCCAGCAGCAUUAAAAUUCUAAAAGACGAAAUCACUCAAGUUUUGGACCCUAUGUUCGACGCAGCAGAACUACCGCAGGCGAUCGUCCGACCCACCUGAGUGCAACUCAGUCUUCUAUCGUACGCGAAGCAGCUACCAGCGCCGUCGUAUCCACGCUGCUAAAUUUUACCCGCGUCGGCUUCAUUGUUGUGUUUGGUUUAAAUAAAAAGGUUGAGUGCAGCUAAGACGUGUGGCCCUGAGCAAAGGGAAAAGGCAGUAGUGGCUAAAUUUUUGGUUGUUGGAAAAAAAACGAUAUAAUGGCCAGCCAGAAUCAACUUCUCCAUAGGCAUAGGGAAACACAUGGCCGAAUUUUAAUUAUUAGUUUAUCUUGGUUCUCGAAAUCCGAAGAGAGGCCGUAUCUUCGAAUAUUGAAGAGGAAGAGGAGUACCGUUUUUUUUGUAUGUUUUGUUGAGUGUUUUCUUUCGAGUGAGUUUUUUUUGAGUACAGCAAAAGAAAAAGAAACGAAAUUCUGUUUUGUGUCCACACAGAUGGUUGGAUUGUAUUCCCAUCAUCUAAGAUUUUCCUUUUCAGCAGCGGUCUCAUCGGGAAAGUACUUUCAGCGAUGGAUAACGCCAAAUAUAACCAGCUCACUCACAAUGACCGAGGUGAAGAUACCCAAUCACAUAAUGCGCCUGAAAAGCGCACUGCUCGGCUGCCGCUACUCCCUGGACGGGGAGUCGCUGUACUCGGUGAAGUGGUACAAGGAUGGCCACGAGAUCUAUCGCUAUGUGCCACGAGAUAAGCCACCUGGACAGGCAUUUCCGUUGCCGGGCGUUAACAUUGACCUCCGCAACUCAUCGGACACGCAGGUGAUGUUGCGACGCGUAACACUGCAGAGUUCCGGCCUCUACCGCUGCGAGGUGUCCGGCGAGGCGCCCGCCUUCAAUACCGUAUCCGAGUCGGAGACAAUGACCGUUGUGGUGACUCCCAAUCAUGGUCCCAAAAUAACUGGAGGCCAGCCACGUUACCAAAUUGGCGACACCGUGCGCGUGAACUGCACGUCGGCACCGUCCAAGCCAGUCUGUCAUCUGAGCUGGCUCAUCAAUGGCGAGCCAGCCUCCCGUUCUUAUUUGAAGCAGUAUGACAAGAUUGUGGUGAACCGUGAUGGACUAGAAAUGGCACGUCUGGGUCUUGAGUUUCGUGUGCGUGGCUCACAUUUUAAGCACGGCGAUAUGAAAUUAAAGUGUGUGGCAAAGAUCAGUUCACUGUACUGGCAAAGCAAUGAGGAGAGCGUUGAGAGCGACCGUCAACAGCGAGCCCCCGCUUUGGAAUCCCGAGAAACGGUGGCUGCCAAAUCUAGCACAAUUGGGGCUGCCGCAUCACGCGUUCCUUCGCACCUACUUCUCUUUCUACUGCCACUGUUGCUGCUCUACAAUUGUGCCCAAUCCGGAGCUGGUAGUUAACUGGCUUUAGUUGUUGUCUAAGCUGUAGGCCUCUAGUGAAAAUUAUCAAAAGAUAACGACAAAACUGUGUACUGAAACUUUAAAAAAGAUGCAUACAUAACAACUAGCACAAUGUUGGGCUGGACACUCGGAGUCGCGAUCGAUUUCAAGGUCACAUCUCAAAGUUGAAGUGUAAAAGCAAACAUAUCCUAUGCCAAAUUUCAUAGAAAAAUAUACACUUAACAAAAUUCGGUAAAACUUAACAAAACUUUAUUGAUAUGAAAGCAAAAACGGCAAGAUUUAAAAAAUAAACAAAAAAAUACUCAUAUAAAAUCUAUUAAAUGAGGCAGCAACUACUCAACUCGAGCAUUUAAGUAGUUCUUAAGCGUUGUAAAUAACGAGAAUAGGUCCUAAGCCACUUGAAAUUUUUCAGAAAAAAAUGACAGAGUCAAACAAAAAUAAAAAAUAAUACAAAUGAAUUUUUUGCCAACACAAAUAUAUUUUUUUAA